GCCUUCCAGGCUGUGAAAUCAAUCGCAGUCCACAGUCAGUGUCAGGCAGGCGGCAUUAAACGCAUCACCGCGGCAGCUGUCAGUGCUAAAAUGACGUUCAGCCGCUUGUUAUCCCGAGUUGUUCUCAUUAACAGGGUGGUCAAAACAAAGGUCAGACCAACCCCCCCGCACCUCCCCUCCCAUUCAGGCGGAUCCAGAUCAGCCUUCACUAGCUCCAAGACGGACACAACCAAACCCAACUGGCUAAAAGUGGGUCUUGCGUUUGGAACGUCGGCUUUUUUCUGGGGGCUGCUCUUCAAACAGCAUAGCACAGAUGUUCACGAGUACGAAGUGAAAAAAGGCCUUCAGUGAUCUCCUCAGAAGGCAGGAAGCGUUUGGAUCCGCUCUGUUGGAAACAUCUGCUUCAGUUCCAUGUAACCCCCCAACCUGAACUCUUUAAAAUACAAUGAAAUAAGAUAAAUAAAUGUGAUGUGUGAA